GAAAUUCCACUUUGCACAUCCUAUUGCUCCAUAUCAUUGACUUGACUUGACAAACGACUAAUUCGGCUGAAACUUCACAACACAACGAACAGUCCACAGUGGGAGAUAAUGGUCGCCAUCUACAUUGUUUUGUUGCUGGCACUGAACGGUGGACUGGCAGGAGGGCUCAAAUUGCAAAUUGUUUGGAGUGGUAGAGUGUCCGCCGGGUCCAGCACAACUUUCACAUGCUCGUCCAACUGCUUGAGAAACUGUACAUACUCCUGGUCCUUGCUGGGCCGCACGUUCAAUGGGAGCACGCUCACCUGGACGCCGGAUGGACUGCACCAAUCAGUGGCGCUGCAGUGCACCGGGAGAAAAAAUAUAGGACACUCCAGCACUACGACCGUUAUUAUGGAUAUUGAAAAUCCAGUGUCAGUGCAAGUCAGUCCAGCCGGCGCUGUGCCAUCUCUGAACCUGUCCGUGGAUCUCCUCUGCCACGUUGAUGGAGCCACACCUUCCACGGUGGUCUGGUACAAAGAUGGACAGAAGAUGGUCUGGCUUGAUCAUAUGCACCUGCUGCACAACGCUACGCUCCAUUUUGACUCGCUGCAACCAUCAGAUGUUGGAUUUUACACGUGUGGGGCUGUGCUGAACAAGAGUUGGGUUUUCAGUCUAGGCUACCUGCUAAGCGGCGAUACAGCAUGGAACGUCAGCAUCAGCGGGCCCGAUAAGGUGUUCGUGGGGCGACUGCACACGUUCACGUGCUUGAUGACGUGCACUUUGAACGUGGACUGCACCGUUAGGUGGCCAUUCGAGGGCGGUUUUCCUCUGGGAAGCUACAUCUCUGUGCACGAAGACCAGCUCUUGUGGAUUCCCAUCGUGCCGGGAACCUUCCAAAAUCUGACCUGCCUUGUGGAAAACGUAGCAGCCGGACGCUCAGCGAAGGCCACAAAGAUGCUGGAAGUGAUAGGCGCUCCUCUUUCUGGAUCCUUACAGCUCACUGGAUUGUCCACUUUGGUUUUAGGCCUGGCUCUGCUUUCGGUGACUUACUGACAAUAACUCACAGUGACUUGUCAUUUCUACAUUGACUUAUUCUGUGUAAGAUUUCAUUCAAAGUGGACAUCAUUGUGGGAUUGCUCACUUUUUGAAGCACGUGUUGUAUUCUGCCGGCCCGUGUGCCACCCAAAUGUGAAAUUAAAGCAAUCCUUUCUUCUC